AUGGAUGCAGUGGCGGAAGACCGUCUGGACUUAUUCUCCUCCCCAGCUAGAAUCAUCGUGGCUGGAUAUAGCGGGAGUGGUAAAACGUUAUUAGUAACGGAGGUAGUUAAAAAGUACGUUGACAGAUUUACCAAGGUUAUUAUUAGCGGGGCUUUGAAACAUCCCGUGCAAAAUGAAGAAGAGGUAUGGCGCAAGCUCAGCGCAUUUCCGGAUAUUGGGGAUCCUUUUACGGAGAUGGAUGACGACGGUGAAGGAGAUGGGAAACAAACCCUUUUCAUACUAGACGAUGUAUUUAUAGAAGCUUUUGAAAGGAGGAAAAUUAUCGCUCCAAUACCCAAGGUUAUCAUUUCUUGCGAUUUAACGGAUAUGGGGAAACUAGCGAGAUACAAUGAUGGAUAUAAAUACAUCGCCGUGUUUAUAGAUGUUUUCUCUAGGUACGUUAAAGCCGUCCCUUUAAAAAAGAAAAGCGCGGAGAUUUUGCUACCAGUCGUGGAACAGAUUAUGGAAUCUGCAGAGUUUAAUGGUGAGAGCAGACUUUUCGUAGACAGGAGAGGAGAGUUUUAUAACAAGAGUGUGAUAGAAUAUUGUCGACGCCAACGUAUUAAAAUGUAUAGCGUUUCUUCUUACGAAAUCAAGGCUUCCAUCGCCGAAAGGGUCAUCCAAACAAUAGAGAAAAAUUUAUAA